AUGCUCAAAGAUCAUAUGAUUGUGGGCAUAGGCAAUGGAAUAGAGUCACGGAAGGAAAAGGAAAAGUCGGACGAAAAGCCUCAAAUUGCACAAAUAGACGACGAGAGGAAGGAGGGAGAGUUAAGUGAAACCGAAUCAGUGGAAGCUUAUUCACCGACUAAAAUUACUCAGCUCAAACAUGAGACUAACGAUAGAACACCUCAACAACUGUGUCCCCAGUUACUUCCUCCUCAACCCCCCUCUUCAACCAGCAACACCGUCUAUUCCACUUCAAUCAGCGGCUUUGUCUCGAACACUAUCUGCUACACUGGCGCAACCGCCAUCAACGACGCGUCUGACAAUGCCACCUAUUACAUUUCAGAUGACAAGAGUGCGCAUGCGAAAAUUGAAACUUCGGGAUAUCUCUAUAGAUAUAGGCCGAGAAAACCAAAGACAAAACCUACACGAAAAGCAUCACAUGAAAACGCGUUUUAUUUCAAUCAAUAUGACGCUUCUCAGCGGCUGCGUGAAGAGUACAACAGAGAAGCCGACAUUGAACAAGGGUCUGAAUCCAGUGGUGUCGAUUUAGAAAUCGAUGGCGAAAAUUUCAAUCAAUACCCUGAGGAGGAGAAUGAUAUUAAUAUGCAUGAUCUGAAUGCUAAAACUUGUGAUGAAGCAUCACAAAACAUGAACUCGUUUAAUGGAGCUUAUGGUCCUUACUUUCCAAAUUUUACUGCUACCGUGCUUUUCAUAUGGCGGAAUAGGUUGCCAUUAUCAAAAAUUCGCAGCCAUGAAAUUAAAAUAAUAACGAAAAAUACGCCAUCAACUGCAAUACCAACUAAAGAUGCGUAUACCAUCUCAUUGAGGGAAACAAUAGAACGCAUACUGAACAACCCUCGACUCUGUUCUCAAAUGUACUUCGGAAGCGGUAUAGAAGUGGAAGAAACGACCGAAUUUUGA